GCUGCACCUGCCUACACUUUUUUACUUUCUGACAUGGCUCUUUGAAUGCCGAUGUGAAUUAGUAGAAGAUCCAGGGGAUUCAAGCAUAAGAUCCUCAGCAGGGAUCCACUUGCACCAAAAUUUUCCCGGAUGAGGAUUGAAUCCUGGUUUAGGUGAACCUACCUGCUCAUGUCUAGCAAUAAUCUUUUUAUUCUUUUUUAGGACACGGACAGGACAUCGGAGAGGAGGCCUCAGAGGAUUGUCUCACUUAUUCUCCGGACUAUGAAUUAGAAGAUGAGGACUUCACACAUCCAGGAGAAAACUCCAAUUCCUUCCCCGGCGCACUGAAGAAGCCAUACAGGCAGUCGUACAUCUGUUUGAAAUGCGGGAAAAGCUUUAAAAGUACACGCGGCCUUGCUGCCCACAAGAAGUCUCACGAUAAUGAGCUCCAUACCUGUUCCGACUGCGGAAUGGUUUUUCUACACGAAUCGAACCUCAUGGAGCACCAGAAAAUUCACAAGGCGGAAAAGAUGCAUCCUUGUCCCCAGUGCGGGAAAAGGUUCGAAAAGAAAGGAGCCCUUUCCAUACAUCAGAGGACUCACACGGGGGAGAAGCCCUUCACCUGCCCCAAGUGCGGUAAAAGCUUCUCGCAGAGGGCCCAUCUUUCGAGUCACCUGAGACACCACACGGGGGAGAAGCCGUUUUCCUGCCCCGACUGCGGGAAAAGUUUUGUGCGGAAACCGGAUCUCGAAAGGCAUCAUCGAAUCCACACGGGGGAGAAGCCGUUUUCCUGCUCUCAUUGCGGGAAGCGCUUUUCUCGGAAGUCCUAUCUGUCGGACCAUCAGAGGUACCACACGGGCGAAAAGCCGUAUUCCUGCUCCGCCUGCGGGAAGAGUUACGUGUAUAAAACGGACCUCACCGUACAUAAAAGGUCCCACACGGGGGAGAAGCCGUACUCCUGCCCCGAGUGCAUGAAAUGUUUUUCAAAAAGUUUCGAUCUCACCAGACAUCUGAGGGCACACGCGGCCCAGAAAGAAUAGCAUGCGGGAAAUGUUUUCUACAUGAAUCGGCUUCAGAGCUGAACACACUAGCACUUUGAUGAUGGGAAAUGGUGGAUCUUGAGAGGACACCUCGCCAUCCAGCCUCGGAAAUCGCAUGCCUGAGUUCCCUAUUUGUGUUAUAUCGAAAUCGGACUUCGUAAAGUUGUUCUGCCUCCCCAUCUAAGCACUGGAAGUGUGAUCUCUAUAACUAAUCCAGUUGUGGUGCGAUAGCUUUAACUUACAGUCUCGGUUGCUUGGCAGACAGUGACUCCAUCCAAAUGACAUCUUGCAGAUCAUAGAAAACAUCGAAAUCAGACUUUAUAAAGUUGUUCUGCCUCCCCAUCUAAGCACUGGAAGUGUGAUUUCUAUAACUAAUCCAGUUGUCCAUCCAAAUGACAUCUUGCAGAUGAUAGAAUACUUUUUAAUCCAAAAACUUGUGCAGAUCAUACCAGGUAAAAAAAAAAUCAUAGCGUGUCUAACUCC